CUGAGAAGCGAGUUUCGUUGGCAAGCAGAACACCUAGCUGAUAUCCUGCGAGGAAGAGCCAAAAACGUGUACGUCCGUGAUGGACGAGGUGGUGGAGUUGCAAAAGAUGGAUAACGUGUGUAGACUCUGCCUCUCCACCGACGAGCCAAAAUCGUCGGUGUUUGGAACAGAAAAUGCUUCGGUAUCAUUGGCCAGUAAGAUACAAGCUUGCCUGUCGAUUCAGAUUUUAACCACGGACAGAUUAUCGACACAGAUAUGCGCGCAAUGCGUGAAAAACAUAAAUCAGUGGUAUGAUUACAAGGAAUCAUGUUUGCGUUCUCAAGACAAAUUACAACAAUGGUUGCAACAGCAUAUGCAGUCAAGUCCAAUGGUUGUAACUAUUAAAGAUGAACCUGUUGAUUUGGACUUUUGUGAAGACAAGAUUGAGGUCAUUUCUGAAUCUGCCACUGAUUCAGACUUGGAAGCUACUAAUCUUGAAGACAGUGCUGCGAAUCAUGUAGAAAAUAAUGUGCAAGAAUUAACUGAUGAUGAAGUAGUUUUAGAUAAAGGUGAACCAUCUUUAACGAAGAACUUGGAGACACCUGUAAAACCUGAACCACGAGAGGACUAUGAUACGGACUGUACUAUUGAAAUAGAAUCUGUUACUGGUAGUGAGCUUGUACUGAAUCCUCUUUCAAACACAGAGGAUAGAGUAAUGGAAGCUGAUUCUACCCAAAAGUCAGGUGUAACUAAGACAAUUAGAAAAAGGGGCAAAAGAGGACGUGUGUAUUUCAAAAGUAUACGUCCUUUCAAACAGAAAUGUGUAUACUGUCAAAUUUAUUUGCAUUCUAAGCAUUCUUAUGCAAAUCACAUGGAAAGAUUUCACAGUAAUAAACAGAAUGGUAGUGCUGAAAAUGUGGAACUACAAGGUGAUGAAGAGCUUGUCGAAGAUUUGGAAGAGGAAUUAAUGAGCAUGGAAAAGGAUGCUCCAUUGACGCAAGUACAGCAAAAUAUUAUCAGUCAGUUGAAAACAUUCUCGUGUUACUCUUGUCAACAAAGUUUUAACGAUCGCAGAAGCACACUUUCUCAUAUACGUCAACACAUGCCUGAUCUGAGGCCGUAUACGUGUAUCGCGUGUUUGACAGAGUUCCCAGAUCGAUCAAUGUACAAGUCGCAUUGCGGAGCAUCGUUUGAGUGUGCAAUGAAGAUUGCACUAGUUAUACCGAAGCAAGGCGAGGAAAGGUACUUCACGUGUAAUAUGUGUUUGCGUUCGAUGCAGAAUAGGAAGCAGUUGCUUACCCAUCUAUCGAGACACUCGGAUAAACAAUACGAGGAACUAAUAUCUCCAUCACGAUCUCCGCCUAAACUAAAACCAGUGACUCCUCUACCACCUGUUAAACAAGAAAUAAUAAGAAAGUCAUUAGAAGGAGGCUUGAAUAUACCAGGUCCUUAUAAAAAUGGCGACCCUGCGCACAAUCAUGCAUGCGACUUGUGUGGUAUGAUCUACAGGUACAGACCCAACAUGUUAAGACAUAGAAAUUUGUGUCAACGUUUACCACUCGAGGUCAGAACAUCCUACAGGUGUGUUCACUGUGGCAUGACAUAUCUCGUAUUUAAAAAGUUUCACUAUCAUAUCACGGCCGAUCACAAGAAACAAGAGUUUACAUGUGCUGACUGUGGUAACAAAUACAGAUCUCCUAGCGAUUACUUGGAUCAUCAUGAACAACAUCGUAUGGCUCGUAGUAAAAAAUAUCCUGAGUCGAGGAGCGUUUCAAUAAAGCCCAUAAAGAAUAUUUCGACACCUUUCAAGGACUGGGAUACGUUUGAAGCCGAAGUGAACGCAGACAAACUAUCAGAUAGUAAUCAGUAUAGUUGUGCUCUUUGCAAUUUGGAAUUUGCGACUAGAGCUGAACUGACGGAACAUAGGAAUCUUCAUCUGAAAGUAAAGAUCUACUCUUGUGUCAUCUGUCGCAGCAUGUUCAGCAGUGCGGGUGCUUUAGAGAUUCAUAUGAAAGAUCAUGGUAUAGAAGAUCCGAACGAAAGGAACGCAAACAUCUCAUGCGUUGAGUACAGUACAGUGGAAGAUGAUUCACUAGAUUCAAAUUCACUAAAUUUAAGUGCCGCUUCGGAGUCUGGUUCGAAGAAGUACGACUGUGGUGUAUGCGGUAAAAUAUUUUCAAAUGGCGCGAAUCUUAAGAGGCAUACAAGAAACGUCCACAGUAUCGCUGCAGGUCCCUAUAGUUGCCCUCAAUGUUUAAGAAUGUUCAAGAGCAAAGAAAUGUGUAAGCACCACAUUGUGACUGAACACACAAAGCCUGAGAAAACUAUGCUUCGAUGUCCUCGAUGUCCAAAGACUUUUGUCUUCCAAUUUAACCUAGAUCUCCACUUCCAGUCUACUCAUGCUGAAAAACCUGGUGGUCAGAAGUGCGACCUUUGUGGCAAAGAAUUUGUAGAGGAAGCAUCACUGAAGAUACACAGGAGUUGGCAUAAGCGAGCAAACUCUCGCUUGAGCUUGCGAUUCUUGAAGAAAGAGGACGAAGUAUCGUUGAAUGUGCCGAAACAAGAAGUAUCGUUCAAUGCAAAUAUGGGCCGACCAGCCAGAGCACGAAAAACUUAUCCGAGUUCGCCUCCCACAAAACCUGACAGUGGCAAUUUCCAAUGUCAGGUUUGCAGCGAUAAGUUUAACGAUGUAACAGAAUUGAGAAAACACUUAUGGGACAUACAUUGUGCUCGCAACAAAACCGAGAAAAACUUUGCGGAUGAUGAGUUUCAAUGCGAGAUUUGUACGAAUGUUUUCCCUGACAGGGAGACAUUGGAUGUGCACAUGCAAUGGCACAAUGCUCAACCCAUCCUCUCCGACAUCCAGAAGAUCAAUUUCCCUUGCGAAAUUUGUGGGAAACUUUACAGUUCCAAAAAAGUAUUAUCAAGACACAAAAAGCUUCAUAAAGCAACUACAGUGGCAGGCAUGAAGUUCCAGGCAACUAACAGAAGACAGAUGAUGUGUACCUUCUGCAACAAAGUAUUCACCAAUAACCAGUCGCUUCAACGUCACAAACUCAGCAUGCACGUCAACUUAUUCCCUGAACGACCUCAAAUGACCUACAAUAAUGCCAAAAGAAUGUCGCAAGAUGAACCUAAACCUAAGAAGAUCAAAUUAGAAGACGAAAAUAAGAAAACACCAUUCGCUAUGGAUGCUCUGACUGCAGGCAGAAAGUCUGUGAUGUGCCAUGUUUGUAGAAAGUUCUUCGCGAACAUGAGCGUGUUGUACAAACACAAACAAUUAGUACACAAAAAUUACCCGAAAAGUGGUAUAAAGGUAUUAGCGCUCGAGUGUAUACCAGUGCCUAGCAACGAUGGUAAAGUCAGCUGUAACGUUUGUCACAGGAAGUUCUCCGGUGUGCCGAAUCUUCGGCAACAUUUCACUGUAAAACACAAACUUGCACCUCCAAAGUACGCUUGCCCCAUAGACGGUUGCCAGCUCACGUUCCCCUCGCCGGUAACGCUAAAAAAUCACGAAUUGUCGCACACGAGCACGAUUUUCAGUUGUAAUCUGUGCGACAGACACGUGUUCAGCAAGCAAACCAUGUCGAAGCAUAUGCUAACAGUGCACAACACCGUCUACGACGCUGACCAUAGCCAGAACUUUCACAGAGAGAUGGAUUUGUCCACGUACACGGUGGAGGGUGCGGUAGACGCGACUUGUCCUCAAUGCAAGAUCAAGUAUCCAAACAACAAGGCCAUGAAGAUUCACUAUUUUAAGUUCCACGAAGGCGCGGAUCAGUAG